AUGGGGAGCUGGAAGGGACUCCCUGAGAUAGCUGAGGAUGCUAAAGUUUUAUCAAAUGACAUGAUGCCAAUGAAUGUAUUUAGUUUGUCGCACCAUGAAAAAUCAAUUCGUGAUUUAGACAAAGAACGCGCUGUAUUUAUGUGGAAUCAAUUGUUAAUGGAUGUUCUACUUCGCAUGCCAACAUCUGACGAAUCGAAAAUGGAAAUGUUAACCGAAUGUGAAUCAUAUUAUAGAGACAAUGCUAAAGAACUCGAAAAGAUAAAUGAUUUUCGUUUGAAUUAUUCGUCUGAUGCAGCCGUGUCGUGGUACACGCGUGAUUCAUUUGUAUAUCGCCUCUUAAAUAAAGCUCUUCGAACAAGAGAUAUUGAUAUUAUAUUUAAAUUUCGAUUUUUCAUUGCUGAUCUUUAUCGACAAUUGCAAAAAGAACAUUCGAAAUUCAUGAAACGUUUCACGGAUGACGAAUACUUUCUAACGGUGUAUCGAGGACAGCAUUUGAAAGCUGAUGAAUUACAAGAGCUAAAAGACAAUAUUGGCCGGCUGAUUUCAAUGAAUACUUUCAUAUGA